AUGCAAUUCACCACCAAACUGUCCACCCUCCUCGUCGCCAUUGCCUCGGCUGUAAUCGCCACCCACGGAAGCGUCAUCGCCCGUAAUGAACUCGCCGCACUGUCCAUUAUCUUCUUCGACGAUGUUGGCCUGACAGGCUCUGCCUACGCCCCCGACGGCCUCCUCCAAUCUGUAUGCACCACGCUGCCACCCGAUUGGCUCGACAGAGCCGAGAGCGUGGAUAUCGCCACUGGAUUCAGUUGCACCUUCUUCCAAUUCCAAGGAUGCGAUGGCACUGGGAUCACGCUGUCUGGAAUCGUAGAGACGCUCCCGGACCCAGAGUUGUAUGAUAAUAUUGAAUCGUUCAGCUGCAACAAGGCUAUCUGA